AUGUCACUCAAAUCUCAAAGAAGCAAAUCAAAGUAAGCAUAAAGCUAAACUCUUGAUACAAGUUAUUAAAAUAAAAGUCAUAGUGAUAAACGUACUAGCAGAUUUUUAGCUAGCAUAGAGUUAAAUAAUGAAAAUUCUAAUACAAAAUAAGAUAAUCCUGAAAAAGCAUUUUUGUAAUUAUUAUUCACAUUAUCUAAGUAUUUUAUUAGAUGCAUGUUCUGAACUUGUACAAUUAUAUAAUGAUACUCAUAAAUAAGAGAUAGAUUAAGCAAUUAAAUAAAAUUAAACUUUUGAAUAAGUAGCUAUUUUAGUACAUUCAAAAUUAUAAUUGCUAAAAAGAGAUUAUAUUACAAGUGAAUACCAAUUAAUUUAGUUAAAAGAAUCUAUAAUCUCAAAAUAAUAGCAAUAAAAUUAGUAAAAUUCAUUUGAAUAAUAUUAAAAAUUACAUGAUUAAAAUCAAAGAUGGAAACAAUUAUAUUUUUAAGAGGCUCGAUAACUUAUUGAAAUAACAAAAUAACAAAAAUAAUUCACAAUUGAACUAUAACAAUAAUUAGAAUAUAUAAAUAUCUUAGAAUCCAAAUAAGAAACUUUAGAAUAAAAAUAUUUAGAAUUAUUUGAAUUAAUUCACAAUUAAAAUUUAAAUAUUGAUUUAAAAAAAUAUUGUGCAACAUUGUAAUAAGCAUUAAAUGAAAAAACUGAAUUAUUAUCAGUUUAACUAUAAAAUUCAAGGAAAUAGUGUAUAGAUUUAUCUAAAAGGCUCUAAGAUGAAAUUAUGAAAGUAAUUACUUAUCUCUAUUUUAGGUUUAAGCUGCCUAGGAACUUAGAAUUGUUGAUAUGUAAUAUAUAAUGAGUUUAGAAAAUAAUAUUGAUCAAAAUAAUUGA